AUGGCGGGCGCGGGGGGCGCCGCCUCCGCCGCCGGGGCCCCUCCGACGGCGGCCGCUCCCGCCGGCCCGCUGUGGUACCACAAGGACCUGAGCCGCGCGGCGGCCGAAGAACUGCUGGCCCGGGCCGGCAGGGACGGCAGCUUCCUGGUGCGGGACAGCGAGAGCGUGGCCGGAGCCUUCGCCCUCUGCGUGCUAUUCCAGAAGCACGUCCACACCUAUCGGAUUCUGCCAGACGAAGAGGACUUCCUGGCCGUGCAGACAUCUCAGGGGGUCCAGGUGCGGCGCUUCAAGACCCUGACCGAGCUCAUCACAUUGUACCUGCAGCCCAACCAGGGCCUCGUCUGCACUCUGCUCUUCCCGGUGGAACGGGAGAAGGACAAGGAGAACGCGGAGGAGAGGGACUACUCGGAUGGAGAGGAUGAGAAGCCCCCUUUGCCGCCCCGCUCUGGGUCCACCAGCAUUCCUAUUGGCAGCACCAUGCCCGGUGGUGCUAGCAACGCCCCUGCUGUGCAGGACGGAGCUCUUGAAAGUAGCACGAACGGGCUCAGCACCGUUUCCCAUGAGUACCUGAAAGGCAGCUACUCCCUGGAUCUGGAGGCUGUCAAAGCUGGCGCGAGCAGCCUGCCCCACCUCAACAAAACCUUGGUCACCUCUUGCAAGCGCCUGCACAGCGAGGUGGACAAGGUCCUGUCAGGUUUGGAGAUCCUGUCCAAGGUGUUUGACCAGCAGAGUUCGCCCAUGGUGUCUCGGAUCCUGCAACAGACUGCCGGUCCAACGGGAGAGCAGGAGCUGGAGAGCCUGGUGCUGAAGCUGUCCAUACUGAAGGACUUCUUGUCCAGCAUUGAGAAGAAGGCCCUGAAAGCCCUCCAGGACAUGAGUUCCACCGCGCAGCCUGGCCCGGCCCAGCCGUCCUGCCGCAAAGUAAAGAGCAUUCCUGUCCAAGCGUUCGAGGUGAAGCUGGACCUGACCUUGGGUGACCUCACGAAAAUCGGGAAAUCGCAGAAGUACACCUUGAGUGUGGAUGUGGAAGGCGGGAAGAUGGUGGUGCUGAAGAAGCAGAAGGACUCCCAGGAGGACUGGAACACCUUCACCCAUGACAAGAUCCGCCAGCUGAUCAAGUCCCAGCGGGUGCAAAAUAAACUGGGGAUCGUGUUUGAGAAGGAGAAGGACAAGACACAGCGGAAGGACUUCAUCUUUGUCAGCGCCAGGAAGCGCGAGGCCUUCUGCCAGCUCCUGCAGCUGAUGAAGAACAGACAUUCCAACCAGGACGAGCCGGACAUGAUUUCCGUCUUCAUUGGCACGUGGAACAUGGGCAGCGUGCCGCCGCCCAAGCACCUCGCCUCGUGGCUGGCCUCGAAGGGCCUGGGCAAGACGCUGGACGAAAUGACCGUCACCAUCCCCCACGACAUCUACGUCUUCGGCACCCAGGAGAACUCCAUGGGGGACAAGGAGUGGGUGGACUUCAUGCGUGGCACCCUGAAAGACUUCACCGAGAUCGAGUACCGGCCGAUCGCCAUGCAGUCUCUGUGGAACAUUAAAAUAGCCGUCCUGGUGAAACCGGAACACGAGAAUCGGAUCAGCCACGUCAGCACCUCCAGCGUGAAAACGGGGAUCGCCAACACUCUCGGGAAUAAAGGGGCCGUGGGCGUCUCCUUCAUGUUCAACGGCACGUCCUUUGGGUUUGUCAACUGCCACCUCACCUCAGGCAAUGAGAAGACGGCCAGGAGGAACCAGAAUUACCUGGACAUCCUGCGCCUCCUUUCCCUGGGUGACAAGCAGCUCACCUCCUUCGACAUCUCGCUCCGCUUCACCCACCUCUUCUGGUUCGGGGACCUUAACUACCGUCUGGACAUGGACAUUCAAGAAAUUCUCAACUACAUCAACCGCAAGGAGUUUGAGCCGCUCCUCAAGGUGGAUCAGCUCAGCCUGGAGAAGGAGAAACACAAGAUCUUCCUGCGAUUCAGUGAGGAGGAGAUCACCUUCCCCCCCACGUACCGCUAUGAGAGAGGCUCCCGGGAUACCUACGUCUGGCAUAAGCAGAAGCCUACCGGGGUGAGGACGAACGUUCCCUCGUGGUGUGAUCGCAUCCUCUGGAAGUCCUACCCGGAGACCCACAUCAAUAGCAACUCCUACGGCUGCACGGACGACAUUGUGAGCAGCGACCAUUCCCCUGUCUUUGCCGCCUUCGAAGUUGGAGUUACGUCCCAGUUUGUUUCCAAGAAAGGUCUGUCUAAGGCUUCAGACCAGGCCUACAUUGAGUUCGAGAGCGUGGAGGCCAUUGUGAAGACGGCCAGCCGGACCAAGUUCUUCAUCGAGUUCUACUCCACGUGCCUUGAAGAGUUCAAGAAGAGCUUUGAGAACGAUUCCCAGAGCAGCGACAACAUCAACUUCUUGAAGGUCCAGUGGUCGUCCAGGCAGCUGCCCACGCUCAAGCCGAUUCUGUCCGACAUCGAGUACCUGCAAGACCAGCACAUCCUCUUGACCGUCAAAUCUUUGGAUGGCUACGAAUCCUAUGGCGAGUGUGUCAUUGCCCUCAAAUCCAUGAUCGGAAGCACGGCCCAGCAGUUCCUCACCUACCUGUCCCACCGCGGCGAGGAGACGGGCAACAUCCGCGGCUCCAUGAAGGUUCGGGUCCCAGCGGAGCGGAUGGGGACCCGCGAGAGGCUCUACGAAUGGAUCAGCAUCGACAAGGAUGAGACGGGCGCGGCCAAGGGGAAGCCCCCGCCCUCGGCGACCCGGACCAACCUGGAAUACACCAAAUCCGUCGGGAGAAAACAUUCCCCUGGGGAAGCUGUGGCCGUGGCCGCCUGCCCCGUGGGGAAGCUCUUGGACGAUCUGGAGAAGCCUGGUGCCCUCACGGCCGGCCGGCCCCCCGCUCCACAUCGUGGGGCCACCAAAGAGGAGGCCUCGCAGGGCAGGUCUAAGCUGGACGCUGCCACCCUGGAUCCCGAGGGGGCCCCCCUGAAGAACAGCUUCAACAACCCCGCCUACUACGUGCUGGAGGGCGUCCCCCACCAGCUGUUGGCGGUGGAGCUGCCCCCGGCCGCUGCAGCCAAGCCCCCGGCCCCCCGGAACAAGGUCCAGAUCACGGUGCCCAUCCAGCCCGAGCUCCGGCGCCCCCAGCAGCCACAGCCGCCCUUCCGGGCCGAGGAAAGUUUGGAGGAGGAGGAACCGGGGGUCCUCAAUUUGCCGCCGCCGGACUUCCCGCCCCCACCGCUGCCCAAGUCGGUGGAGUUUGACGUCCUGGACAACGCCUUCUACACGUCUGUGGCCGUCCGAGGGGAGGAGCACGGGGCUAGCAAGCCACGGGCCACGGUGGCCUUCAGCGAGCCCCUGGAGGCCAAGCCCCCGAAGCUGCACCCCAGGCCGGUCCCCUCCCUGGGACCAGGGUUCCUGAUGGAGCCGCCCAGCGCCCCGCCGGCCCCCGGGGGCCUGCUGGACGACCGCUCGUGCUCUGUGCUCCAGAUGGCCAAGACACUCAGCGAGGUGGACUACUCCAGCGGCAGCGGAUCAGGCCCGGGGAGGGAACAGCCGGGCCGCCCCCCGGCACACCCUCUGACCAAAGUGAGGCUGGAUCUCGCCCCCCACCGGUGCAUGCACCCCGACUACAGCCGCCCCCUGGCUUUCCCCCCACGCUCCAUCCGCGAGAGCAUUGAGGAGGACUUAGCAGAGGAGACCCUGGGCCAGGACGGCCGCAGCCCUUCCUGGCCCGGCGAAUCCAGUGUGGGGGAAUGGCUGAGGGCCCUCGGCAUGGAGCGAUACGAGGCAGGCCUGAUCCACAACGGCUGGGACGACCUGGAGUUCCUCAGCGACAUCACCGAGGAGGACUUGGAGGAGGUUGGCGUGAUGGACCCCGGCCACAAGCGCCUCCUGCUGGAGAACCUGAGGCUUCGGAAGUAGCCUGGGGCGGCCGCCGCCACCCGCGCAGUUUGGAAUCUCUCCCUCCCCUCUCCGUCUGUCCCAUCCCCAUCCCCCCCCCCCGCUCCUGCCACGCUUGAUGUAGGGUUGGUUGUCGAGGAGAGCCGAGAAGCACAGCUUCCCCCUGGAGGGGAGGAACGACGGCCGAGCCCCACAGGCAUCAAAGGUGGCCCGGUCCUGAGGCCGGGAGCGAGCGGGUCAGGGCACGGGGCGGACCUUUUGCCGUCCUCUUCGCUCCUGGAGGAGUUGGGACCCGACCGGCUGGGCGGGGGAAGGGAACGGGCAAAUGAACCGAAGCGGUCCAGGUUAGGGUCACCGCAGGGUGGCCCCGGCGAAGCAUUUCCGAAGAGCAGCCUUCACCCUCUCCCCUCCGCCCAGCUUAGUCCCCGUGAUGCCGGUUAAGUUAUUCUUAUUUAUUAACGACAAAAGAAGGACGCCUUGUCUUCCCUCUUCCUUUCCCUGCUUCCUUUUCGAGAGCCACGUUCUCCUCCUCCCGUGCCCUGGGCGGCCUCUGGGCCGAUGCUAGUUUGCUGGGUGGGCGCUCCCAAAGGCCGACCCACACCCGCCCCGCCAAAUCCUUGUGCCGAGAGGUUGCCUGCUGCGGGUGGGCGCUGGCCAGCCUUUCUGCCUGAGCCGCAUCGAGGGAGCCAUUUGCCCCGCCGGCCGUUGAGGGGCCUAAAGCCGUCCCAGGCACGGCUUUUCACAGUGUCAGGUCACCAAAAUGUGGCCUCACGCGGGGAGUGAUUUUCCUGCACGGAGCUGGGCCAGAGGAGUGGGGCAUCCCAGCACUGGGAGCGUCAUCUCCACAUGGCGCAUGCAGUGUCACGGCACCACGGCAAAGCCUUUCGUUCUGUGUGGCCAGACGUGGCAGGGCCUCCCCGCCCAUCGCAAGGAUUGCUCUGUACAUGGCAGGUUUCGUGCAGCCUUCAUGCCGACCCUUCCGGACAGCCAGAACUGCCUGGCCUUCGCAGGUCUUCUGCUCUUUAAGAGCUCAGCCUUAAGGACUCCCCUGCCCCCCGCAGCUCCUCACCCCAAUAUAUCGUGGAUGACAGUCUCCAAAAUAAGCUCAGGUAACCCGGGACGUGUGAAUAAGCCCCCCCCCCCCAGGUCUUACGAGGCGACUCGUGCAGGGAGGUUUGUAGAACUGCAAAGGAGCUCUGUGUUCAAACAACGGAGCAGGUAACCCAGUGAGACGUCCACCUUCCCUAGGCAGGCACCUUUCAAAUGCCGGAUGGGGAUGAUGGGGGUUGUGGUCCCAAUACGGCUGGCGGCUUGGAGAGGCUGGCAGUCCCAGGAUUCCUCUUUUUAUUCUCCAGAGCAGCCCAUCCUGUGAGAUUGUGGGCCAAUGGGGAAUGAGGGGCGUGGUUGCAAGGCAGCACCCUGGCAAGGGGAGAUGGCCCCUACCUGAAGGAGCUGAAGGUGAGAGGUGGGCAGCUCUCCCCCCCCCCCCCCCCCCGUGAUGGCUGUUGCAGAGGGGCAAAGCACACACACACUUCUCUGGGGCAGUCUUGUGUCUCGGCCAGAUCAUGAGACGGAGCGUCUGGCUCCCAUCCCGAUCCGCUGCCCCUGCGUAUAUUGAUCGGUGCUGGAGUCUGACAGGAGGCGCCCCCUUUCUUCCACGGGGACUCGAAGGCACGCGUGGCCUGGCUGCCCUGGUGGCCAGACCGCCCUCCCCAGAGAGUCACCUUACGCACACCCCUCCGCACACCUUCCAGCCCGCUCGCCUGGUCCCUUCCCAUUUCUCCCUUGGCCUGGGGAGGGCCGCCCUCCUGAUCCGAUGCAAACCGAGGUGCCUUCCCGGAGCGUUAGAGUGACCCAGGGCAGGACCCCGGAUCAUGACGGCAGGAGGGCAGGCGUCAAGCGGCAGCUCUGGGCCCCCGCCGCGUUCUGCUCUCCUUUGCUUUUGGAAAUCACGCAGUGCCUUAAUUUAUAAUGCAAGGGAUUUCGCCUUCCGGGCUGCGCGAGGUUUCCGGAGACCUCUUGGGCCUUUCGCACCUCUGCAAAGAGCAGUUCUCUGAAACCGAAAUGAAGGAAGCCUGCCUGUCCUUUGCGUCGCUUCUUUGUUCCUCCUGUGAUCUUGCGAUCAGGUCUGGGGAAGAGCCGGUGCCUCACCGGCAUCACACCCUUCCUGCCAUUUCUUCCCGUUCUCUCUUCAGUUAUUAUUAGCAUUUGGUGUGAGUUUAACCCUACUAAAUUCUACCGUGGUGUAUUUUAUACCUAUGUGUGUGUGUGUGUGUGUGGUUUUUUUUUUAAUGUUUAAUUUAAUUGUUAUUUGAAACUCCCUUUUUAUGCUUAAUAUUUCACGUGCUGAGGCAGGAAUUGUUUAUGUCCUUGUAUACCCCCACCCCCGGUUCCCACAGCCUCCUCCAAAUGUCCACAUUUCAUGUCUUAGUUUACCACAUUGCGAUGGAAUAAAAGGGCUUGUUUGCUGACAGAA